AUGGCAACGAUUGCGAAAAGAGUUAAAUCAAAAUCAUCGUCUCAUCUCAUACUUUCACCAGAGAAUAUAUUACGUUGGUUUAAAGAGGCUGUGUAUCAGACAUUUUUAAAGAACAUUGCUAUUAAAUGUUAUAAAAACGCAGAAAGAGAAGUAAAUAAUUUUAAGACUAAACAGGCAGAAAGUAAGCACUUUUGUUUCUGGUAUCUGGUUGGGAAAUGGAACCUCAAAAAGAUAGCAAAAGAUGAAUUUGCUUCAUCAUCAAUUAAUAUAAGAAAAAGAAUUCAAGAUUUAGAGAAUCGUUUACGAUUUGCAAAAUGUGUCAAGACCAGUUUAAAACCAAAUAAUGAGCUUAAUAAAUUCAUUAAAGCCAUUAUAAGUUCUGAUUUGGAACAGUUGCCAAAAAUAAACUGCUCUGAAGUUGGCACAUCAAUACUGAUACUAUCCUACCCAUUGUAUAUUACUAUAAUGGAAGUUUCUGAGGAAAUUUGGUUGACAGAUACAAUUCAUCAAUUUUUAGAAUCUGCUGUGUGCGAUAUUCCUGGGCUCAUAUGUGCUACUCUUUUGAGGCACCUUGGAAAUGAAGAAAAUCGUAAAUCAGACAGAACUGUAAGAUUAAAACUUGAAGACAAUCAGAACU